AUGUUAAAAAGAAACAACUCAUAUCAGCAACAACCUCCCAGAUAUCAAGGUUUAAGAGCGCGAAAUGUACUUCAAUUCAUGUCAGCACUGAUCGUCCCACUUAUGUUGGGCGUAUUCACCAUUGUGACGACUUUUCAUCAACAAAAAAUGGCUCGUGAACAACGACUCGAAGAUCUAAACGAGUCGCGGUAUCAACGACUCGAAGAUUUAAAUGAAACGAGGAAUCAACGACUCGAAGAUUUAAAUGAAACGAGGAAUCAACGGUUGCUAGGAGAGGGCCUCCAGCGGGAGUUGGCAACUAAACGGUAUCAAGACGAUUUACUAGUGGCUUAUAUCAAUGCAAUGGCUAAGCUAUUGGAAAAAUACAUGGGUUCACUUAUAUCCAAUAAUGUUGCGUCUACUAUUGCUCGAGUUAAAACUUUGACUACGUUUCGUCAACUAGACGCACAGCAUAAUUUUCAAAUUAUUCGCUUUCUCUAUGAAGCCAAACAACUCACUGAUACACCGGAAAAUCGUUCGCUGGAUCUUUCAGCAGCAGAGCUCUUUGAUAUUGAUUUUCGUAAUGCAUCUAUCAAAAAGAAGUUAUUACAUAAUUUAUCAUUGACCGAUGUUUUCCUAAUGAAUGCUACAUUUAUAGGCUUACAAAUGGAGCACAUCAGCUUUGCCGGUACUGAAUUUGACAUCGCAAAUUUUUCAUUGGGUCGCAUCAACCAUAGCAAUUUUUCAUUCACGAUAUUCCAGAAUGCUAAUUUUUCCUGUACUAUUCUUUCGAAUACUAUUUUUGCAAAUGCUGAACUUAAACAUAUAAAUUUCUCAUAUACUCAACUCGAUAAUGUUGACUUCUCAUUAGCAAAACUGGACAUCUUGAACUAUUCAUCUGCAAAUAUUCUCAAUGUUGUUUUUAAAUCAGGCUCUGUUCAAAAUAUCAAUUUCUUAUUCGCUCAGCUCGUGCAUGUUUCUUUCUCAUUUGCUCGACUCGAGAAUGUGGAUUUUUCAUAUGCUCUAUUGAACAAUGUGGAUUUUUCAUUUGCUUCACUUACGAAUGUCAAUUUUUCACAUACGCAACUCUUCAAUGUAAAGUUCUCAUAUACUCAUGCCAAGAAUGUGGAUUUUUCAUAUGCUCUAUUGAAUCAUGUGGAUUUUUUGAAUGCUAUACUUUCAAAUGUCAAUCUUUCACAUACGCAACUCUUCAAUGCUAAGUUUUCAUAUACAAACUUCAAUUAUGCGGACUUUUCGUUUGCUGAACUGGUCAAAGCAGAUUUUUCAAACGCUGAACUCAUGAAUGUCAAUUUUUCAUCCGCUGUUUUAAUGUUAGCCAGUUUCCACUUUGCCAAAGUAUCAAAUACGAGUUUUCGCCAAUCGAGUUGUGUUGCAUCUAGAUUCGAUGAUGCUUCGUUAUCUGAUUGUAACUUUUGGCGUUCAAAUCUUAAGCAUGCUGUAUUUUACGAAGCUACUUUCAAUCAAGUUAAUUUUUCUCGUGCUAACCUUUACAAGGCUAAUUUUACUGGUACCACUAUUGCAAAGAGUGAGCUGAAAGAUGCUCUCUCUAUUCAAGAUGCUACACUGUCAUAUGAAACAAUUGUUCAUGAUGAGAAUUUGAUCAACGAUGGUCAAGCUGACUGUAAUAUUUCUCUUAUUACUGGUUGGACACUGAACUGUGGCAGUGUCAUGAAAGUGAUGUCUGAUAAGAGUAAUAGUAAUUGCCAAUUCACCUUACAAUCACUUUCUACUGGAGCUGCUAUGUAUCAACGUAUCAAUUUGUCAGACAAAUGGGAUUCAAGCUCUUGGCCAUAUUCUCAAGCUGUAUUGACUGCAGAAAUGAGCGUCGGUGUAUCGGUGGAGUUGAAAGGAAUAAAAAAUAAUCAUUCAGUGUUCUCUGAAGAAAUUUUAAACUCGACUAAAGAGAAAAUCAGUUUGCUUUUAAAUGAGGAUAUGUGGGAACUUGAAGUGUUAAUCAAGUUUAAUGCUCCUGCGAAUCAUAGGAAUAUUAACAAUUACUGGUGUGAUGACAUCAAGCUCUACAUCAUCUAUGGAACAUAUUUGGAAUUAACACGAGUUAUACCCAAUAUUCCAGCCAAUGCUACAUGGGCGCAGAAUGGUGUGACUGUUGCUGGUGGCAAAGGGCAGGGCAAUGGCAAAAAUCAACUCAACAAUCCUAAUGGUCUCUUCGUUGAUGAUGAUCGAACAGUGGUUAUUGCUGACACGUGGAAUCAUCGUAUCGUCCAAUGGAUGAAAGGCGACACGAUGAAUGGGCAAAUCGUUGCUGGUGGCAAUGACUAUGAGGAUGGAUUGAGUCAAUCAACUAAUCCAACUCUUGUACUAAAUCCAGUGGAUAAUCUAACUCUUGUACUAAAUCAAUCGACUAAUCCAACUCUUGUACUAAAUCCAGUGGAUAAUCUAACUCUUGUACUAAAUCAAUCGACUAAUCCAGCUCUUGUACUAAAUCCAGUGGAUAAUCUAACUCUUGUACUAAAUCAAUCGACUAAUCCAACUCUUGUACUCAAUAUACCGAUUGAUAUAGCUUUUAAACUACAUCAAUUGAUUGAACCCGUUGAUAUUUUGAUCGAGAAAGAAACGAAUAGUCUCAUUAUUUGCGACGAGAAACGAGUCGUACGAUGGUUUCGUCAUACUAACACGGGUAAAGGAGAAAUACUUAUUGAAAACGUUAAAUGCUAUGGAUUGGCUAUGGAUGAUCAGAAAUAUCUCUAUGUCUCUGACACCGAAAAACAUGAAGUAAGACGAUAUAAAUUGAAAGAGAAUAAUGGUACUCUCGUAGCUGGUGGUAAUGGUAACGGUGGCAGUCUCCAUCAACUCCACAAACCGAGUUAUCUCUUUGUCGAUCGGCAACAGAAUGUCUACAUUUCAGAUAGCCAAAACCAUCGUGUGAUGAAAUGGCAGAAAGGUGCGAAAGAAGGGUUAGUCGUCGCUGGAGGUAAUGGCAGUGGGAAUGCUUUAACACAAUUGAAUAAUCCUCAAGGACUCUUUGUCGAUACAUUGGGUACUAUAUAUGUGGCAGAUUCGUCGAAUCAUCGUGUGAUGCGUUGGCCUCAAGGAGCAAAGCACGGCACUGUACUUGUGGGUGGAAAUGGUCAAGAAGCAGGAGCGAAUCAAUUCUACUACCUUAGAGGGCUGUCCGUUGAUCGAAAAGGUGAUCUCUAUGUCGUCGAUUAUUGGAAUCACCGUGUUCAGCGAUUUUCUAUCGAAUAA